AUAUAAAUUACAAUCAAAAGAAUAAAAAUAUUUUUAAAGACAAUAAAUAUGAGACAACUUUCAAAAAGAGAAAACUUCAACAAUUCGCAGGAAAUGACAAUAAUUUUGGUUAUCCUUUUAGAGCCAUUGACUACUCGACAGUUAAUUUGAGGCCACAAUCUGUUAGUCUUCAUGUGGACCAAAAUCAACCGAUUCCUGAUUUUAUUGGAUUUGAUAGUCCAAGAUUUCAAGCACAACCACAACUACUGUCACAAUCCAUUCCUCAGCCACCAAUUCAAAGAACUCCGACUUCAAGAGCGCCUUCAUUUCAACGAAUUCGUAUUAAUAAACCACAUUCAGUGUCAUCUUCUUCAAUAGCAACUCCACCCACUCUUCCAUUUGGAUCACCCAAUGAUCCGCAAGAACUUAGGUUUCACCGAGUUAUUGGUUUAGAUAGACUUCCAGAAAGUUAUGAUACGACACCAUUAAGAACUACAUCUCAGGGCAGUUUCAGAAGAGUUCCUGUAUUUAACAAUCAGAUCCAAUCUCUUUCACCUUUAAGACCACCAAUUAUAGAGCCAACUGUUACUGAUGUUUACGCCACAUCUCUUCUUUUGUCUCCAACAUUUGCCCCAACAUUUGGACCACCAAUAGUAACAGUUGCACCAAUUAUUGAAGAAGAAAGACCACAGUUUAGAAGAGUAAGACCUAUACAAACACAGCCACAAGUGGUGCCUAAUGCCAGAAGGAUUAAGCCAAAGGUUAAAGUAUCGUCGAGACGACCUACUUCUACACCAUUGCCCACGUCUAUUGAGGUCAGUUCUGUUGACAUACCUUUCUUACCCAUAAGCGAUGUCAUUGACAUUCCAAGAAGAGGUCCCGUUACUAGAAAACCUGUUCUCGAAAACGAUGGCACGCCAUCACUACCUCUUAUAACGUCAUCGAGAGUUAGAUUUACAACUCCAGUAUCAAUAAGAGAAACGACAACAGAUACUCCUCGUCGAGUCGUUAGAAUAAGACGACCAAACAAUACACAAAACAAUAAGAAAAGAGUGAUUUUGCCUAAAAAUCCUCAGUCUCUAAGUGAGUCCGAACUGCAGGCACGCGGACCCGUUCCCGCUCGCGAUGACGAGCCAUCCAAGAAUAAUGCUGUCGAUAGCGACGAAUUUUCUAACUUUGGGACACGUCUUGUAGAGAAUGGAGAUAAACCCAAUGAAAUCCAUACCCCAACCCUUCCAUUAACUUAUUACACAACUUUUACUUACUUAACAACUGUAGUUAGAGGUCAACACACCGCUCAUCUAACCCGAGAAUCGAUAACAUCUACUGUUGCCACCGAAGCUUUGGAUAAAACAAUAGUUGAUUUGAUCCAAAAUAACAAUGGAAUCGUUAAACCAACAAAAGUGGUUGAUUUAGGUACUAAAACUAAAGGUGUGACCACUACUAUAGUAAACAUGGUUUCAAAAAUUUCUGUAUAUAACGAUGACUUGUUUAAAGUGAUUCAUUCAACUAAACCUCUUUCAAUUGCCACCACAAUCACCGACAGUUCCCAACAACACAAUAGUAUUAUUCAAAACAGUAUAACUUCUCAAGUUAUUAGACCCACUUCUGUUGUCAAACAGAUUUUUAAUACAAAAUCUAUCGAAACUCCUUAUAAAGUGUCAGAAUUGGAUACAAAGCCUAAGAAAGAGAUAACAAGUUAUACAUAUUUUUAUACAUUAUAUGACAAAUUAAGUACCAAAUAUAGCACGCGAUCAGAGGAGGUGACAUCAGAAGUGGCUCCCAAUGCUAUUUCAUCGUAUAAAUUGGACUCAACUAUUAACUCAAAUGGUUUACUAAGUAUUGGAUCGGGUGCUGAAACAGUUCACUUGGGAUCACGAGAAUUGGCGGGACUCACAACUGAAGUCAAUUUGGCUCUCAAUUCUUAUAUUAAAUUCCAUGAUAUAAACAAUGCUUUUGUCGAACCGUUUUCCACAAGAAUAGCGGAACUCUCGAGUCAAGUAUUACCGGCGGUCAUAGAAUCGGUCGCAACAAAUACUAUCGAAAGUUCAUUUACGACGGAAUCCAAUCAAAUGUCUGGCCUCUCCACGCCUACCAUUCCUCUGGAAACACAAAUAGGACUUCAUUCAAGUAUUACUCGAAAACCACUUAAACUGAUGAGCUCUGCUGUUGUGAUAAGAGAUCCAAAUAUGAGAUCUAAAUUGGAUCCAUUUGCCAGACCCGGAGUUCGUGUUAGAGUUAAACCAUUUACAGACACCAAAUCGGAAACAACUUCUUCAACAAUUGAAGAAAUUGUUAAAUCGAGUGAAACAGAAGUUUUGCCGACAGAAGUUGUUUCGACUUCAUUUAUCAGUUCAUCUGAAGACAUAACACCAGACCUAACGCCUACUAAAAAGAAAAUUGCGGUUACAUUGAGACGACCAUUCGGGGGAAUCAGUCGACUGGCAUCUCGUAAAUCACAACGAGUUUCUGUGUCGACUAAACCUCGAUUUGUUGUCGUCACCAGAACCGGACCAAUUCCUUCAGUGCAAUCAACUGCAAGAGUUAAAAUCAGUAGUCGUGUAUUCAAAUCUCCUUCAGUAAGUCUCGAAGUGACGCCAACGCCAUCGGUUGAAGUCAUUGAACCGACGACUACUUUCAACGAGAAAGAAGAUACACUCGUUAAGGAUGUGACAACAAUUCCAGUUGUUUAUGGUUUGGACACAAGUUAUACAUCAGUUACACUUACAUCAACUAUCUCUCAACCAACUACUCCACUACCUUCACAAAUGACUGUAUACGAGACAACAACACAUACGGUUCCCUUUACUGUUGGUGAUCGUACCAUCUAUACAACUGUCGAAGAGACCAACUCAAGAGUGAUCUCUCAAACUUUGGGAAGUGUCGAUCCAUCGGACGCCGCGCGCGCCAAUAGAUUCACUAAAAUAUCUAAUGGUGUCACUCUUAUUGUUGGCGAUAAUAUUAACCGAACUCAAACACAAACAACUCUUCAGCCAACAUUAGUUACCGGAGCUCAGGUUCAUAUGAAAGAUGGCAUCAAACCUGAUAUCAAACAAACAUCUGAUUUGAAAUCAUUAGGUUUGGUAACUCUAUUUGACACAAGAACUCUGUUCACGACAUUUACAUAUUUCACGACUUUCUAUACGGACGACACAUCUAUAAUAUCCAGUUCUGAACAAACGGUCUCUAAUAUAGUGACCAUUCCUUAUACACAUAUCGUUGACUCCAUAACACCGACGACAGUCUUGGAAACAUCUGAACGGCUGAGAACUCAAACCGUUUACUCGACUUAUACUUAUUAUGCGACACUUUUCAAUGGAAGCACUUCGACAAUCACUCCAUUAGAAGAAGUUAAGACCGAAUACUUAACAUUUAAAGAACCGAUUACUGUGACAAAGACUGUCUCUCCGAUGACCACAGAACAGACAUCACUCAUCACAAGAACCUAUUUCACUACAUAUACCAAUUUGGUGACCUUCUUCCAGGGUAACAAACCGGUAACAUCGACUCUUGAGGAAACUGUUAGUAGUGAAGUGGUCUACACUGUACCUAAUCUGGACAGUUCUUCCACAAGCAGUGUGUCCUCAAUAAUUAAAGUAACGCCAGCACUGGAAGCACCUGUUUUGCGAACCCGAAGCACAUACACUACACUAACUCAUUACAUAACAUUGUUUAGCGGAAGUCAAACCAUACUUUCAUCGAUUGAAGAAAUCAGUCCAACAGUGGUCACUGAAAUUGCUGGACAAACUCAGACUUCAACCAUUGAUAUCUUACCAAAUAUUCAGUUCACACAUCCGUCACAAAGUGCCUCAAAAGCAUCAAAGGAUUUGUUUUCUGCUUUGGUUCCCACUGUUAGCACUCAUUAUACAACUCAUACGUAUUUUACAACUUUGUUUAGUGGAACCACUUCUUCUAUAAUUAGUCGCGAAGAGACAUCUUCAUCAUUAGUCACACUAUUUGUUUCACCAUCAGGUGCUUCAAGUACUUCAGUUUCAUCUACAAAAUCUUUUGAUUUAUUAGAGACAGAUUUGAAUAAGAGAAGUAAAACAGAGUACUUAAUUGAAGCAACACCUGUGAUAACAGUUCCCGAAAAGAUCAUCGAAACGACUAUCGAUGAAGAAAAACUCAAAUCAAUUCAACCGUCACUUAGAAUAGAGAGCAGUAGUUAUGAGGUAUUUGACUCCAGUAUAAUAUCAAAGGUAUUUGAAGAUCUUAAGAGUUCUGAGGGAUUAAGUGACGAACAAAUAUCAUCAGUUGUGGCUGAAGCGGGAGCGUCGACCACAAUCAUUGAUGGAUCUACUAUUGUCUUCUUCACUAACUUUAUACUACCCUCAACUGUCAACGAAAACAUUAUGGUAUCAACUGAUGCUAACAAUAUAGCUAAGGGUCCGGCAGGCGAUUUGGUCAGUUCGCUGCUUAACAAUGGAGACAUGUCUUUACUUAACAGUUUACUGGCCUCUCGAAUAUCAUCUGUGAGAAGUACAAUAUCACCGAUUUAUAUAACACCACAAUUGACAUUAGAUGCGGAACAACAAAUGACUGCAAUCAAACCGGGAGCAGUCAUUGAAUUAAGUGACUUAUUAGACGGUGCAAAUCUGGCCGGAAAUAUAGGAGAAGCUAUUAAAGAUAUCGUACAUAUUCUGGCAAAGGCACCAAAAGGAAAGAAUGGCACACAAGAUGUCGACCGAAUUAGUCCAUCCAAAGAACUGCCGCCAAGAGAAGGAGCAGGAGUUAGCCUUUCACAAGAACCGGUAUAUAUUCCAUUGGGUGUAAUCAACAAACAAAAUGUUGACCAAACUAUCGAUAAAAUGUUAAAACAAAACUCUAAUAAUCAAAGAGUUCAAAUCAUUCCCUCAAAAUCUGUUGAAAUUCAAGUGUCGACCACUUCAUCCAUUGUGCCACUAGUAGUGAUGGAUAACAUUCCCAUUGAAGGCUCGUUAGAACCAAAUAAAAAGGUACUACAAGUGGUAACAGAUCAUCAAAAACCAACUCCACUGUUGUCUUCAAAGGUCGUUAAAACAACGAACCCAUCGAAGACAGCAACCAGUAGAGUGUCUUCAGGAGCCACCACUAUAUUCUUUACAGACUCGACACCUAAUUUUGCACAAAUGCCGACAUUUAUAGAUUCAAACACUCCGAUAGAGUCGACUAAAUAUGUGACGAGCGUUGAGAGCACAACACGAACCCUAACUUUAACAACAACUAAGGUGUAUUAUACUCGUGACUCUCCACUAACUAUAACGUCAGUGUUGACCACAACAAUCCCUCCGCGAACUUUUGUUUCAACAAUUAUUGGUUCGCGAACUAUAUUAGGAACGGCAGGCGAAACACAAACCGAAUCAGUUAUUCCAACUCAAGUAACUAAAGCUAACUUUGUUGUGUCCACCAAAUCGGCAACUGAUCCAAAGCCAACAGUACAAAGACCCACAAGAAAACCAGGUCAGGGAACGUUCAGAGCACCGACACGACAACCAGAAACACCUAAACCAUUCAAGACAUCAGCCCCAAGACCACGAGUACCUUAUAAGCCGCCGCCACCACCUUCACAGCCGCCAAUUCUUAGUGGUGUUAGUGAGAGUCCAUAUGUUCCUAAUAAAAGACCGACAUCUGCACCGAUACCCAAAACUACUAGACCUAGCAUUUUAGACAUCGAUCAAUGCAAACCAGGCUGUAAUGCAGCCAAUAAAGAAAUUUGCAAAGAAAUUGAUGGCAAAUAUAGAUGUGAUUGCAGACAGGGAUUCAUCAGAAAAGAUGGUGACAUCAUAUGUCAGGAACUUCAGAACUAUGUGGUCGUCGUUCGUGUCAUGAAAGUCGGCGAAUCAGAGGUCACCUGGUUUUCAGAGUUUUCUAAUAACAAUUCCAAUGAAUAUAAAAGUUUAGCAAAAAUGGCCAAAAAACAAGUGGAUUCGGCAUAUAUGACCACUGAUGAUGUCAAAGAAAAUUAUGUCGGAGCAGAUGUUCUCGGCAUUGAUAAAGUUGCCGACGGAGGAAAUGGAGUCUUAGUUAAUCUUACAGUUCAUUUAACCAAAAGACACAAUUUAGAUGAAGAUUUACUUCGAGAGAAACUAAUUAAGAAAUUAGAAGAAAAAUCUGAAGUCUUACCGAAUCCCGAAUUUAUAUCAGCAGAUGUCGAGGAUGUCAUUGAUUUUGAUGAAUGUAGUUCUGAUCAAUACAAUGAUUGCGCCCCAUCUGCACGUUGUAUUAAUGAACCCGGAAGCUAUCGGUGCGAGUGUAUGAAUGGCUACCCAGACCUCGACAUUUCACUGCCCGGAAGGGUCUGCGCCUCAGAGAUCAAAGGAUGUGAGUUCUGUCACGGAAGGGGUGACUGUAUUCGUGAUGAGUCGGGACAAAGCAAUACUUGUCGAUGCAAUCGCAUGUAUUUAGGCAGAAGAUGUCAAAUCAAUGGCCUCCUGUUGGCUAUUGUGUUACCGAUCGCCGCAAUAUUAUGUAUAGUAUCGAUAUGUUGUAUAGUAUAUUGUUGUCGCAAAUGGAGGAAACGCACAAUUUCUAAGGGUUUCAGAAACCUGUCAUCAUUUGGUCCGACAGUAAUCGGCGGUACUUUAGACCGAAAGGCAAUGUUGGAGACAUCCAGUGAAAGUAGUGACCAUUUAAGGUCUCACGUUUACGACGGACCUGCUAUGCUUCCCAAUGAUCCGAACGGAACAGAUUCGCAAAGAAGACGUGAAAGUGAGCCGAGUUUGGACCGUAGUAUGGGUUCAAUGGGCGGUCCGUAUAACAGUUUGCCGCCGCAAAUAGUCAUACCCCGUGCGCGCCAUUCCUCUCAACAGGUAAACUAUGCCAUACAUCGCGGACAAGUGUAUAUGUGGUGAUUACUGUUCCCAAUCAAUACAUUGUUACCACUUGUGGCCAAUCAAUAAUUAUUUGCUCAGACAUCG